UGAUGUAUUAAAAUGAUUAAAACGUUUUCAAUUGCAAAAUUUAAAGCUGCAAAUAAGUAUGAGUGGUAUUACAGAAGUAUAUUUGAAUGCUGUUAUGAGCAACGUUGCUGCAUUGCUUCAAUUAAAACAAUGGAGUUUUAAUAAACAAAGUUUCGAAAAUAUAGCUCAAAAUUAUUUCGGUAUUCUUAUUCCCGCAAUUUUAAAUGGCAGGAGUUGCGAAAAAAAUGUAACUUUUUCUGUUGUUUUAAAACUUGCACCAACCGAUGAAAGAUAUCGAGUUAGUGGAGCAGUAACAAUUAUGUUUCUAAAAGAGAUAUUUGUAUAUAAAAAACUUCUUCAUAAAUACCGAGAAUUUCAAAAUGUGUAUGCAAUAACACCUUAUUUUGUCAUUCCUGAAUGUUAUUAUGUCUGUUCAGAUUAUUGUAAGGAAGUUAUUGUAUUGCAGAACAUGUGUGUUUUAGGCUAUAAACCAUGUAUGGGAAAUAUGUUUUUAGAUUUAAACCAUAUAAUUUUAGCAUUAAAGUCAUUGGCAAAAUUUCAUGCUUUAUCAUAUAUAUUGAAAGAAAAAAACAAGGAUGCCUUUGAAGAAGUAAAAGAAUAUUGUAAACCUUUAACAGAAAAUAAUAAUAAACGCUACAUAGAUAUCUUAACAGACAGACUUCAAAAGGCACUGAAGAAUUUUGAAAAUACUGCAUAUGUACCUUUAUUACAAAUUUUAAAAGGGAAAUGUGUUGAGCUUGUUGAAUCAGCGACCAACUUAGCCAAAAGUUUGUGUCUUUGCCAUGGAGAUAUGUGGAUGGAAAAUGUACUCUUUCAGUAUAAGGAUGACACACCAAUAUCAGCUUGUAUAAUAGAUUACCAAACAACAAGACUUUGCAGUCCAGCAUUUGAUGUAUUAUAUUUAAUUGUAAGCAGCACUUCAAAGUUCUUGAGAGAAGAGCAUUUUGGACAAUUGUUGGAUACAUAUUAUCAAACACUUGAACAAACGCUUAGUCAAGCGAAUCUAAACCCUAAUGCAAUUUACACUAAAGAUAUGUUUCUAUGUGAUUUAACUGUAGUUGGCCCGGCAUGUCUCAUCGUAGCAAACACAGCUAUUUGGUUAUCAAAUGGUUUGCAGCAAGAAGGUCAUGUAAGAAGUAAGAUUAUACUCAAUACAGAAGAGGACAAGAAAGAGGCUGUGUCAAAAUAUACAAUGAUCAUAAAAAAUGUAAUAGAUGAUUUAACAAAAUAUGGAUAUUUAAAACUUGUUUUUGAUUAAUCUUUU